AUGCGUCACUUCGAUGCCUGGAUCCUUAGGGAUCCCUAUUCCAUCUGGCACUACUACUCGACGGGUCGACGAUGGCAAGAGACCAUCCGGGACAUGAUUCAAGAACGCCGCAUCUGCGCACCGCAGGUCGACGCAUCCACUCCCCGCAGGGCCGUUGACCCUCUUGCCCGUGAGCCAUCUCCGCAGCAAGACUGCCAGUUCCUCCAGAGAUUGCCGCCUGAGAUCCGCCUGAUGAUCUACCGCUACGUCUUUGGCGACGAGGCGGUCCAUCUGGUCCAGCUCAAGGGCAAGAUCCGCCAUGUCCGCUGCCAACAUCCGUCCUCCUCCAUCGAGAAGCAUCGCCACUGCUGUCCCGUAACGCCUGCGCGCUGGCGCGUGUACGACGGUCGUGUUGCUGGUCACAGUGACCGUAUGCUCUAUCCGCACACCCAUGCCCAACUGCCCGAGCUGCUGAGCAAUUCCUCUCUGGGGCUGCUGCGCACCUGCCGUACCAUCUACCUGGAGGCAGCCGACAUCCCGUACUCGAACCUGGUCUUCGAUGUUGAUGACCUGCACACCUUUGUGGCCUUCUCGCUCAGCGUCUGCCCGGAACGUCUCCGGUGUAUCAAACGGCUCACCGUGCAGUGGAUGCCCGUAUGGCGGCCGAUGGCUGGCGAGGAGCACUGGUCCUCCAUCUACUCGCACACGCACAACGACCGUCUCUGGGUGCUCUUCUGGGAGCGCGUCCAGGCUCUUUCCGGACUCGAAGAACUGCGGGUCAGUCUGGAUCUGGGACGGUUCACUGGCGCCGCAGUGGGAGGCGUCGUCAUCGGAGGGAAACGCAUCCGGCUGGCGAUUGACGAGCCGUGGGUGGCGCCGAUGCUGUCCAUCCGGGGGUUGCGGGAUUUUGACUUGUGUGUGACGGCCCGCUGCGACGCGUCGGCGAAGAAUCUCCUAGGUGACGAGAUGCGCCGGGAUGCUGCCCAGCUGCGCGACCAUCUGCGGGCGGUGAUGUGUUCGCCUCGGGGGACUGUCCCUUCGAUCGAUGGGGUGACACUCAAGGUGCCUGAGGUGAAGCGAUCGGAGAUUCGUUCGAGGCCGCGUCUAGCGAUUACUGCGGCUUGA